AUGCCUGUUUUUCUCAAAAUGAGUGUUAGCUUCACCUUAAGACCUUUUGCUAGGAUAUUGGUGCCAUUUACCCUUCAUAAGAAGAGAAGAGAUUUCUAUUCAACAAUUCUAAAGAGAUACAUAUCUUCCAAAAUACCAGCUGUGUCCUCUCCUAAUAAAGAGAGUACAUCAUCUCAUGAACCACUGGAAUUGGAUGGAUGGAAAAUUACAAUGAAAUCUAGUGUGCAAGAAGGUGUUUCAGAAGUCUCAAGCAGCAAGGACAAUGACCCGCUAGCUGCCACAAGAGAAUUAAUUGAGAUGUGGAGAUUGCUUGGAAGAGAAGUACCAGAACAUGUCAGUGAAGAAGAUCUCAAAACUCUUAUGGAAAGUGCUUCUAAAUCAUCAAAAAGGAAAUAUUUAAAAUAUUUAUACGUUAAGGAAAAAAUGAAAAAAGCUAAACAAAUAAAAAAGGAAAUGAAGGCAGCAGCAAAGGAAGAAGCAAAAAAAGAAAAGCUGCUAGAAACCACCGAGGAAGAUAAACAGCAAAACUUUCUGUUUCUACGGCUGUGGGAUAGGAGUAUGGACAAUGCAAUGGGCUGGAAGGGUGCACAGGCCAUGCAGUUUGGACAACCCUUAGUUUUUGACAUGGCUUAUGAUAACUGCAUGAAACCAAAAGAACUUCAGAAUACUGUUUCUCAGCUUUUAGAAAGUGAAGGAUACAACAGAAGAAAUGUUGAUCCUUUCCACAUUUAUUUCUGCAAUCUUAAAACAGACGGUGAUUACCAUAGAGAGUUAGUUAAACGGUAUAGAGAAAGAUGGGACAAAUUGCUUUUAACAUCCACAGAGAAAUCUCAUGUAGAUAUAUUUCCUAAGGACAAUAUUGUCUAUUUAACUGCAGAUUCUCCCAAUGUUAUGACUACUUUUAAGCAUGACAAGAUUUAUAUAAUUGGCUCUUUUGUUGAUAAGAGUAUGCAGCCAGGCACAUCCCUAGCCAAUGCAAAACGGCUGAAGCUGGCAACAGAAUGCCUUCCAUUAGAUAAAUAUUUACAGUGGGAAACUGGUAACAAAAAUCUCACCUUAGACCAAAUGAUGCGCAUUUUGUUAUGUCUAAAAAACACUGGUAGUUGGGAAGAGGCUCUGAAGUUUGUUCCCAGGAGAAAGCAUACUGGGUAUAUGGAGAUUUCUCAGCAUUCUCAAGAGUUCAUCAACCAGUUGAAGAAGUCAAAAACUUUUAAUCUAUUUCCCAAAGGCUCUCUAAAUGUAUAUACGAAGAAAAAGCAGUUUAAGUAA